CCAAGGCCGCUGCCCUGCGUGUGGCCGUCACCUUCCAGCCCGGCCCCCAUGACCCUCGCCCUCCAGAGCGGCCUGGCGUGGUGAGGGGCAAUGCCAGGGGCCAUGGACACGGGCCAGGCGUCCGGCCCGAGCAGUACUGGCGAUGGCGACAAGGACAGAUACCUGCAGGUGCUGUUACAGGAACUCUGCCAGCUCCAGGCCAAGCAGAGGAAGCUGAAGAGAGAGAUGCGGAAGUACAAGCGUUUUGAAGACUAUCUGAUUAAGGUCCUUGAGAAAAUCCCCAAGGGGCAGGAGACGGAGGAGGCCCAGGAGGAGGCCCUGGUGGAGGCCCUGGUGGAGCACUAUGGGAAGCUCUUCACCGUCAGCCAGGACAUCCAGAAGCACCUGGAGGCCUUCUCCAAGAUGAGCCAGGCCGUCCACCAGAGCCUGGAGUCCCUGGAGGAAAGCCAUCGAGCUCUUAUUCCGACCCUCAAGAUCCGGCUGUGCCAGCUGCAGAAGAGGUGUCACCGCAGGCAGGAGCAGUGGCAGUCGGGACGUGGUGUUGCCUUCCAGAAAGACACGGGCAGCCAUAGUAGCAAGUCAUGGUCAAACCAGCUGCUCAACUAUAUGCAAAUGGCCAUCGACAGCAUGGCCCAGCAGUGCUGCUCCUCUGACUGUGUGGAGCCCAAGAGCAUGGGCCUCUUCUCCAAGCUGGACCUGAUUCAGAAAUUUAUAUUGGACAAAACGGAGACCGUGAAAUUUAUCUUACUGCUCAUGGAACCCAGUGUGUGCUGGACAGGCGGUAGACACAAGGACCAGGGAUUCAGAAGUUGCCCCAGACCCUUCAGAAAAUGUCCGACGAGGCAAGAUAUCACCCCAAGGGCCCCCAUUCCCACCACCGAGCCUUCAGAGUGCCCCUGCCUGCGCUGACCCGCCGUCGGCCACCGGGCCGGCCAGCAUCACGACCAUCUCCUGACCUGCUUGGCC